UUUUUUUCCAGGAAUUUCCACCACGUGGCAUCUUUUCAACGUGACUAUACCCUUAAAUUUCAUUUUAUUUCCCCCUGGAAAUAUUUUAAAACUCCCGAACAAAACCUUAAUUAACGCCAAAAUUAAUUCCUGAUUAAAUACGAAUAUUAAUGAGAAGCAAACUACCUAAAAAAAAUAUAAUUUCUCUGCAAAACCCGGAGGAUUCAGCGCUGAAAGGGUUAAAAUUCAUCUCCCUCAGUGCUGAAUUUCUUCCAGGAAAAGGGAGGGAGAAAAAAUCGGAUUUUUUCCCCUUUUUUUGCUGGUUUCCAGCCCAGCCCAGCCGUUACCGGCCGCUUUCGGUCCCUCCCCGGUUCCUCCCUCGGGCGAGGUUUGAAAAAAGCGAAUUUUAGAAAAACUCCCGGAGCAUCCUCGGGAAUUGUCCCGCAGCAAAAUCCCGGGGAAAUAAUCCCGGGAUAUUCCUGCCAGGCAGAAAAGGCGAGGUCGGUCGGUGCUUGAACAGCUCCUCACUGCCAGGAUGAGCUUCCCAAAUUCCACCCAACCUCCAGGAGCUGGGAAUUCCUGCAGGAUCACCCUGGGCCAAGCCAAUCAGGUGGUUCCCAGGCUGCCCCUGCUGAGGAUCCUGCAGGCUGCGGGGGCCCAGGGCGACUCCUUCACGCUCAAAGAGGUGAUGCAUUUCCUGGGCCAGUACAUCAUGGCCCGGCAGCUCUACGACAAGAGGCAGCAGCACCUGGUGCACUGCGGGGGAGACCAGCUGGGAGAGCUGCUGGGACUGCAGAGCUUCUCUGUCAAGGACCCCAGCCCCGUGUACGAGAUGCUGAAGAGGAACCUGAGCCCUGCUGCCCUCCCAGAUGCUGCACAGACUCUCCCAAAGGAGCAGAGCGUCGCUAAGCCCAGCCCAGACCAGCUGCAGCUCAGCCAGGAGGAAGGAUCUGACUCUGGCAUCCUGGAGGCUGACAGCAAAACCUCAGCUCCUGCUACCUCAGAGCCCAAAUGUGACACGUGUGAAGACAGUGAUUUGAUAGAAAACCUCUCCAAAAGCAAAAAGCCCAAGCUGGAUCUGGUUUUUGAGGAAUGGGAUGUGGCCGGGCUGCCGUGGUGGUUUUUAGGGAAUCUCAGAAGCAAUUACAAAUCCAGGAGUAACGGAUCCACGGAUAUUCAGACUAACCAGGACAUUGACACUGCCAUAGUUUCAGACACCACUGAUGACCUGUGGUUCCUCAAUGAGUGUCCCCUGGAGCAGGGCACUGCCGGGCUCAAGGUGGAGGUGCUGGACUGUGAGGAGGUCACAGAAGGUGACACCAAGGUGCCUGAGGAUGUGUGCUUGGAUGAGCUGGAGGAUUCCCAGUGCCUCAGUGAUGACACGGACACAGAGGCUGCUUCUGAGGAUUGCUGGCAAUGCUCCAAGUGCAGGAAAUUCAACUCUCCAGGCAAAAGGUACUGCUUCCGCUGCUGGGCCCUGCGCAAGGACUGGUACCGGGACUGCCCCAAACUGCCCCAUUCCCUGUCCCUUUCCAACAUCAACUCCAUGGAAAACCCGGAGCAGGAUGAAGGGAUUGACGUCCCAGACUGCAGGAGGACAAUCUCAGCCCCUGCUGGCCAACCCAAACACCUUUUCCUGGGAGAAAACAAACCCCACGUGGAUCCCAGCAGCUCCAUCGAGUCCUUGGAUCUGGCGCGGGAGGGGAAAAAUCGGGAUUUUGCCAAGCUGAAGAAAGAGGAGGAGAUGGAAUCCUUGGAGAGCAUCAAAACCCUGCUGAAUCCCUGCUUCCUGUGCCAGCACAGGCCUAGGGAUGGGAAUAUUGUCCAUGGAAGGACUGCUCACCUGGUGGCCUGCUUCAGGUGUGCCAGGAUGCUGAAGAAGAAGAGAUCGCCAUGUCCCGUGUGCAGGAAGGAGAUCAAGAUGGUCAUCAGGAUCUUCAUGGGGUAGGGAGGCCUCUAAAGUAAUCCCAAAAUCUGGAUUUUUGCACUCAAACCUCUAUUACAUGUGUGUGCAGGAGGGAGAUCAAGAUGGUCAUCAGGAUCUUCAUAAAAUAACCCCAAAAUCUGGAUUUUUGCACUCAAACUUCUAUUACAUGUGUGCAGGUGGGAGAUCAAGAUGGUCAUCAGGAUCUUCAUGGGGUAGAGAGGCUUUCUGCCUCUAAAGUAACCCCAAAAUCUGGAUUUUUGCACUCAAACCUCUGUUACAUGUGUGCAGGAAGAAGAUCCAAGAUGGUCAUCAGGAUCUUCAUAAAAUAACCCCAAAAUCUGGAUUUUUGCACUCAAACCUCUAUUACAUAUGUGCAGGAAGGAGAUCACGAUGGUCAUCAGGAUCUUCAUGGGGUAGCAGGAUCUUCUAGCCCUAAAAUAAUCCCAAAAAGAGGAUUUCUGCACUCAAAUCCCAAUUUCAGUGUGUGCAGGAAGCAGAUCAGAAUGGCCAUCAGGAUCUUCAUGGCCUAGCAGGACCUUCUACUAAAAUAACCCCAAAAAUAGGUUUUUUUGCACAAAAACCCCAAUUCCUGAGCUCGGUCUGGAGGAUCAAGAUGGUCAUCGGGAUCUUUAUGGGAUAGCAGGACCUUCUGCCCCUAAAUAACCCCAAAAUGAAGAUUUUUGCACUCAAACCCCAAUUCCAGAGCUCAGCCAGUGAAACCAAAGAGUACCAAGAUUUAAAUCCCACCAAGAAUCGUCCACAAGAUCCACUUUUCCAUGGAAAUCACCUCGAGAUCAAAACCCAGCUUGGAAAUUUUCCCAAUUUCCCAUCUUCAGCCCGAUUUUAUCCCUUGGGAUUCUUUCUCCUGACCAAGAACAGCAGAUUUGGGAAAAAUGGAAACCUUUGGAAUGGAUUUUUUUCCAUAAAUCCCGACUUGUGCAAUUCCUUUGGAGCCGAGAGUUAAAAACAGAAAUAAAUAUUUAUGGUUGGAGGGCAGGGGAUUUGUUUUGGAGAGAAGAAGAAGAACUUUAUUUCUAAUUUUUUUAUUGUUUAAGGUCGGCAGGGUGAAGAAUUCCUUGCUUGCAGAUGGGAAAUAAAUCCAAGUUUUUAAUCCAGACCUCUCAGGUCACAAAUGAGAUGGAAAAAUAAUAAUAGUGUUAUAUUUUUUGUUC